AUGGUAGAUACGAAAUAGUAGCUUAAGUUUGGUCUCCCUCUCAAAAUUUCAUAUAUCAAAUUCAAAUAAUGUUUCAUCCACGGUUGCUGUAAGAGAGUCAGCAAUAUUCUCAGUGAAGACUAAGUACAUUAAGUUCAACAAUAAGCAAAGGGAGUUAGCUAAUUGGAACUUGACUCCAACCAAAAGUAUUCUUGAUAAAACAAAGAAACUUCAAAAUUAUAAGCCCAAACGUAGGGAGAAUCUAAAAAUCAGAGGAUACUACUGAUGUCAUGAUCCUAAAGAAAAGUACCUGAGCAAUUACAGCAGCUUCAGCUCAAAAUUUGGGUCUAUAAAUCCAAAAUUCCAAAAAUCCCGCUUGAGCCUAGUGUCUCGGCCUAAAGCUCAGCCCUGAGCGACAAACUCUGUUGAGGGUUUUGGGGUCAGAACUCCCACUAAAUACUCAACUGAAGCUUAUCGCUGCAGAACCAACACUGACACCACCUUUCACUGAGAGCCUAUACUUACAAAGAUAAAACCUAACAGACCAAAAACUAGAGCAAAGACUAGAAACACAGUGAGGAAGGCCAUAAAGGAAGAGAAGCAAGAGGGUGAGAGACUGAGAAGGAGGGAAUAUUCACGAGGUUAUACGUUAAAGGAGAGAAGGAAUGAGACGUUGUUUUCGAACAAGAAAGUUGAAGAACAUGUCAAUGUGAAGAUGGAUCUUGGAAAAUCUCUCUUAAGCCAGGCAUGCAGAUCUGUGGUGAUGUUAAACUCAGAAGAAAGACCUUACUCUCAGAAUAGCCAAACAAUUCAUUUAUCAACAUUUAAUUCUUGAAAACUAGGCCAGUCUAACUCUGCAAAGCUCAGGUCUAGCUCAAAGAAGCCUUCUAGAAAUGCAGAUAUUUAUACUUUAAACAGAGCAAUGACUAAAACAUUCCAAUACAACCCUCAGCUCACAAAUUUUCGAUCAAACAGCAAAGCUCAUAAAGCUCUCAACUCAAAAUCCACAACAAAAUACCAAAAAGACUUUCUUCCAAAUAACUCAAAACACUUCUCUACCACACUCUCAAGAGCCAAACCUCCAAAUCCAAGCUGUUACAAGACCACAAAAGCUUCAAGCAAGCACAAGAAGAAAGAUGCAGGGAUCAGUCGUUUUAUAGGCAAGAUUCGCAGGAAAGUGACGCUAAAGGAAAGACAAGCAAUCAAGAUGAGUAUGAAGGCGAUUUCAGAAAUUGAGAAGAAGUUUGGAAAAUCACUUUUUCAAUAA